AUGGAGGAGGCGGCACCGAUGGCAGGCAGCGUGGUCCCCAGCCUCCUGUGGAAGCCAUGGCUCCAGCGCCUGGAGCAGCACUCCUCCCUGCCCAAGCGCCGAUUCCAGCGGCAGCCCUUUCAAAAUCACGAGGCGGUGGCCUUGCCCUCUGCGCCCACCUGGCGGCAGCAGAGGAACGCCUGCACUGGCGGUGUGGAGGCUCCCAGGGUCUCCGCUGGUCUCGCCUUCCGGCACCGCGUCGUGUGGCCCUCGGCCGUGGUCUUCGACCUGGCGCAGGCGCUGCGAGACGGGGUCCUGCUGUGCCAGCUGCUGCACAACCUGUCCCCGGGCUCCAUCGACCUCCAGGACAUCAACUUCCGGCCGCAGAUGUCCCAGUUCCUGUGUCUGAAGAACAUCCGCACCUUCCUCAAGGUCUGCCACGACAAGUUCGGGCUCCGGAACAGCGAGCUCUUCGACCCCUUUGACCUCUUCGACGUCCGGGAUUUUGGAAAGGUCAUCUCGGCCGUGUCCAGGCUCUCUCUGCACAGCGUUGCCCAGAGCAAAGGCAUCAGGCCCUUCCCAUCGGAGGAGACAGCAGAGAAUGACGAUGAUGUCUACCGCAGCCUGGAGGAGUUGGCUGACGAGCAUGACCUGGGGGAGGACAUCUACGACUGCGUCCCACGGGAGGAGGAAGGGGACGACAUCUACGAGGACAUCAUCAAGGUGGAGGUGCAGCAGCCCAUGAUCAGGUACAUGCAGAGAAUGGGCAUGUCGGAGGAGGACAAGAGAAACUGUUGUCUACUGGAGAUCCAGGAGACCGAGGCCCGCUACUACCGCACCCUGGAGGACAUCGAGAAGAACUACAUGAGCCCUCUGGGGCUGGUGCUGAGCCCUGGGGACAUGGCCGCCAUCUUCAUCAACCUCGGGGACCUGAUCAAGGUACAUCACAGCUUCCUGCGGGCCAUCGACCUGUCCAUGAUGGCAGGCGGCGGAUCCCUGGCCAAGGUCUUCCUGGACUUCAAGGAGAGGCUCCUGAUCUACGGGGAGUACUGCAGCCACAUGGAACACGCGCAGAACACGCUCAACCAGCUACUGGCCGCCCGAGAGGACUUCAGGCAGAAAGUGGAGGAGUGCACGCUGAAGGUCCAGGAGGGCAAGUUCAAGCUGCAGGAUCUGCUGGUGGUGCCCAUGCAGAGAGUGCUCAAGUACCACCUGCUCCUGAAGGAGCUUCUGGCGCAUUCCACUGACCGGCCAGAGAGGCAGCAGCUCAAGGAAGCCCUGGAAGCCAUGCAGGAUCUGGCCAUGUUCAUCAAUGAGGUGAAACGGGACAAAGAGACCUUGAAGAAAAUCGGCGAGUUUCAGAACUCCAUCGAGAACCUGCAAGUGAAGCUGGAGGAGUUCGGGCGGCCCAAGAUCGACGGCGAGCUCAAAGUUCGCUCCAUCGUGAACCACGCCAAGCAGGACAGGUACUUGUUCCUGUUUGACAAGGUGGUCAUCGUCUGCAAGAGGAGGGGCUACAGCUAUGAGCUGAAGGAGAUCAUCGAGCUGCUCUUCCACAAGAUGACCGAUGACCCCAUGAACAACAAGGACAUCAAGAAGUCUCACGGGAAAAUGUGGUCCUAUGGCUUCUACCUGACCCACCUUCAAGGGAAGCAGGGCUUCCAGUUUUUCUGCAAGACGGAGGACAUGAAGAGAAAGUGGAUGGAGCAGUUCCAGAUGGCCAUGUCGAACAUCAAGCCGGACAAGGCCACGGCCAACCACCACAGCUUCCAGAUGUACACGUUCGACAAGACCACCAACUGCAGAGCCUGCAAGAUGUUCCUCAGGGGUACUUUCUACCAAGGCUACCUGUGCACCAAGUGUGGCGUUGGGGCGCACAAGGAGUGUCUGGAGGUGAUGCCACCCUGCAAGAUCAGCUUUCCUGCAGACCUGGUAAGCCUCCCCCCCAGACUCCUCCCUUCGCCCCAAGGUCGGCUGGUACAAACCAGGAAGUCAGGGUUCUUUCCAAGUUCAUCUGUGAAGCCCUGCCCCGUGGACGGAAGGCCGCCCAUCAGCCGGCCACCCUCCCGGGAGAUCGACUACUCUGCCUACCCCUGGUUCGCGGGCAGCAUGGAGAGGCAGCAGACAGACAACCUACUCAAGGCCCAUGCCAGUGGCACCUACCUGGUCCGGGAGCGGCCCGCUGAGGCCGAGCACUUUGCCAUCAGCAUCAAGUUCAACGAGGAGGUGAAGCACAUCAAGGUUGUGGAGAAGGACAACUGGAUCCACAUCACAGAAGCCAAGAAGUUCGAAAGCCUCCUGGAGCUGGUGGAGUAUUACCAGUGCCACUCGCUGAAGGAGAGCUUCAAGCAGCUGGACACUACGCUCAAGUACCCCUACAAGUCUCGGGAGCGCGCCCUCUCCAGGACCUCCAGUCGGUCCCCUGCUUCCUGUGCUCCCUACAGCUUCUCCUUUCUCAGUCCCCAGGGCCUCAGCCUUGCUCCCCAGGGCCCCUCCGCGCCCUUCUGGUCAGUGUUUACGCCCAGGGUUAUCGGCACGGCCGUGGCCAGGUACAACUUUGCCGCGCGGGACAUGCGGGAGCUCUCCCUACGGGAAGGCGACGUGGUGAAGAUCUACAGCCGCAUUGGCGGGGACCAGGGCUGGUGGAAGGGCGAGGCCAAUGGGCGGGUCGGCUGGUUUCCAUCGACGUACGUAGAGGAGGAGGGCGUCCAGUGACCACGGGAGCUCGGGCCGGACGCAAGGAUUCUCCGAGGAGGGGUGGCCCUGACUCUGAAGUCGGCUGAAGCCGCCGGGCGGGAAGGCUCUUUCCCGCCCCACCUGUGACUGGAUCCCCCACCUGUGUGUGACCUGCCUGGCUCGUGGGACAUGUACAUAGAGGGAAUCGAGGCUAGCCCCUGCAGAGGGUGCUGUCCUUGGGCCACCCACAGGGGUGCCCGCGGUGUGGUGGGCAGACCCUGUGUGACCGCUGAGCCCGGAGCUCCCAGCUGGCCUGGCCUGCCGAGGUGGUGGUCAGGUAGCCUAGGUGCCCGGAGUAGAGGCCAUCCUGGGCCAUGGCCAGCCUUUCCUGCUCAGCUGUCUACUGCCUGCUGCUUGCCCAACCCCCAGGGGAGGCUCUGGUCCCUGGGGCGGGUAGGAGGCCCAGGGCCAGGCCUCUGCUGUGUCCCCUGCUUGGCCUGGCUGUGUUGGGCGUAGAAGAGAGCUUCUCAAGGGGUUGCUGCUGUCACUCCUGGGACCUCCCCUCUGCAACAGGGAGGUGGGGACCCCGUGGGCAGGCCCCUCUUUUGAGGAGGGGCCUUAGGAAUGAUAAAUCACCAUCCCUACUGCCCAGUCAAUGGUACUGUGCUCGACCCCGCCCAGAGCCCUGGGGUGUGUCUGCCCUGCCGUGCUGCCAGGAAAACCCUAGAAUGAGCCGGGACAAAAACUGGGGGCCUCCCCUCACUGGGUCCCUGCUGCUCACACUCUUCUCGCAAAGCGCCCCACCCCACCCCCCACACCCACGGAGGGGCCCUGGGGCCUGCAAGCUGCUCCCUGAGGCUCCCUGCCCUUUCUCUAUGACCUUGUGUCACCCAGGCCCAUGGGCAGCCCCAAAGAAGUGCUCUGGGGGUGGGGGGGGCUCUACCCUCUCCCUCCUGCUCCCCCGGCCUUGGGCCUGUGAGGGGCGUAGCCAGAGCCUGUUUGCCUGUCCUUGUGUUGCAUGAGACCCAGUGGCUCUGUGCCCAAGCUGCUGUGAGUCCCCGUCCCUCCGCUUGGCUGCCCAACCCUGCGCAGGGAGGGCAGGCGGACAGGGCUGCAUGGUGGAGAGACUGGCCCCUCCUGCCUGGGGUGGACUGGUCAUGGCACUGUAGCUAGGGGUCCCUUUCUGAGUGCCAGGGACCGGGGCCACACACCCAGCAACAUGGGGCACCAGCAUGGGCACAGAGAGGUAAACAGGAAGGCCGGGGGCAUGAGGGCCCAGCGGGGCGAGCGGGCACAGAGGCGGGCCGUGGAGGGUGUGCCCCCUGGUCCCCACCUGUCAGGUACACGGAGCACUUUGCAGUGACCUUCGGCCAGGACUGGGGAGGGUGGUUGGGGAGACCAGCCUUCCUGAGCUUGCUGAUGCCAGACUCCGCCUGUCUGUCUGUUUGCUUGUUGGUCUGUGGACCGGCAAAGCUCGCCAGGGUACCGCCCGAUCCCCGAUUUAUCUGUGAACAAGAGGGAGCCAUUUCAUAACCCUGUGGAAGAAAUGGUUGCCCACACCGCGAAGGAUCGCCGGGGCGAGAGCACCAUGCCCGGCCCGGCCCGGCACGGGUGGGGGAGAGUCCGGUCUGUUUCCUUGGACUCUGUCUUUGGUUUGGUUUGCACUGACCAGGAUGGGAGAGGGCUGGGGGGCGCCCGGGCGCCGGGCUGCUCAGGGCCUGGGACUUAGCUGUGACGGAGGGGCUCGAUGCAUGUGUUUCAGGGACGGAGCCCCCCAGGCAGCGGCGGCCCCACGCAGAACAGGGACUGUGCACUGGCCGGUGGAUUCUCCCAGGCCACCGUUUCUACCGCAAAUAAACCUCUGUUUUCGGCAGGA